AUGAGUAUUCACAUUUUUCAUAAUCUCGUUCAGUUCAAUUGUAGCACCCUUUCGGUGCCUGGCUGGCAUGCCACACGAAGGAGGCACGACGGCUGGGAUACUGCCAGUUCAAUUGUAGCACCCUUUCGGUGCCUGGCUGGCAUGCCACACGAAGGAGGCACGACGGCUGGGAUACUGCCAGGUCGCCCGAGCCUAAACAAGGGAAGUCGAGAGGCAGAAGUUGGGUUCGAACCAUGGAUCAUCCAGUCAGUAAAUUUGCGCUCUAACCAAUUUGGGUCAUCUCGCCCAUCUCCCGCCGUCUCCCAUAGAUUUAUUGCCGAAUCACAAAUUGCCUACCUCAAAGACUGCGAGAUUCCGAAACAGGCAAGUGUCGGUUCUGAAGGAUUAACUGAUGCGGGGCUUGAAGCUUUAGAAUCAGUGAUUGAAUCAGUGUCAUCCUCAGUAUCUUUGGCGCCUCGCUUGCGCCGAGGAGAUCGGGGUCUCUCCAUGCUGAUAUUAUCCGAUUUCAAGGGAUAUGGUCUAGAAAGCUCAUUUCGCUUCUUCGUGGUUUCCAACUUUAGCGAGUACGUCAGUUCCACGGACCUCUUACGUUUUCUUCCAACUGAAGAACUCCCAAGCUCUGAUGAACUCCGGAUCCUUGAUAAAAUUGGUGAGGCCUGUGCGGGAAUAACGGGCGACAUGCUUGAAGAUGCAGGUGUCGAUUCACACUGUGAGGUGAGUGGUUGUCCUGGUGGGAACGGUGUCGCGGAGAUGGAGGUAGUUUCAAACGUAAUAGGUGUGCUGCUUGGCGUUAGAUUAGUGCUCUCAGUUAUGGAAUCAUCAAGGCCAACUUGA